AUGAUGAAAUGAAUAAAAGGAAAAAGAAUAACCUGCCCAGUGCCCGUCGUGUGUGCCGUCUGCUUUUGCUUUUCGUUUUCACAAAAUUGUAAUUCCCUAAGGUAUAAAAAUGGCAAAACCAGUGGAUAUGGAAUUACGAAAGGCUUUCAACGAACUACAUCUCAAGAGUAAGAAAUUACAAAUAUUAGAUUCACAAAUUGGUGUCCUAAAACGGGUGCUCCAACAUGCAGGUGUUACUGAAUAUGAGAUGAAUAAUUUACCACCUGGCACGAAAACUUAUGAAUCCGUCGGCAGAAUGUUUCUCUACACUGAUUUGGAAGAAGUCAAAUCAAAUCUAAAGAAUCGAGAAGCCCAGUUAACAGCACGCAUGGAUGAACUAAAUAAGAAUAAAAAUUAUCUAGAAAAGAAUUUGAAAGAGUUUGAAGACAACAUCAGAGAAAUGGUUCAGCAACGAAAAGAAACGAAGAACACUAACUGAUAGUAUAGAAUUUGUUUGUUUAUUUGUUGGUGUUUAAUGUAAAUGAGGAGUUUCCUUUAAAUCCUAAAGAUUGAUUGAAUGAAGUGAAUCGAGUUAGUCUCAUGGCAUUGUAUUAUAGUAUUGUUAGUUGUGUAUUUAGGUGCAAUUCCAAAGUAUGUGGCCGAUGACCACAAAGGCACUACUGGUUAUCCAAAGGUAAUGAGAUAAUGAGACCAAUCCUGGCAUACACAUUCGUUGGCGUCUGCAUUGUUCGGCGUCAACUGGCCGCGUAUGUCGGAAUCGGUCCCAUGCUGACCAAUGGUAUCAUCAGUUGUUAGCUGCAUCCUUCAGAAUUGUAUCUUUAACAUGAUAACUUAAAUUAGCCAUUACCGAAACAGACUUGAUUCGAUUCAAUUCAUUUUUGGGUUCAAGUUUUAAUUGAUGCAUAAAAUUCCUCAUAUGACUAUACAGUAUACAUGUUACCUUUAUUUGAAUUGUAAUAUAAGCAUCAAUAGAUAAACUGU